AUUGGCACUUGGCAAACAAACCUGUUAAUUUCACACCAAAUUUUGCUGUGUUCCAAGGGGGUCAGUUGGUAAAAAUAUUCAACUCCCAUGAAUUUUAGAGACGACCAACAAGCUCAUCAUACGUGACCACUCACGUGUGAUCUCUGCUCAGUCGUACUUUUCACCUCUCUGACCUCUUUCUCUGUGUCUUUUACGUGUGCAAACGUUUCAGAUACCAAAGCCUUUGUUGUUCUGAGCUGGUCUCGAUCUCUCUCUCUCUCUCUCUCUCUCUCUCUCUCUCUCGCAUUCAGUCACUUAUAUAUCUUCAACUAACAUCAUCGUUUACCUAUAGACUGCAUGGUCUUAUAGCUAAUACUACUACUACUACUACUAAAGGCUUAGUUUGAUUCAUAAAAAGAAAUAAUGGAGAUAGUUCAGUUUCAUGAUUCUCUUUCCCCUUCAUCUUCUUUUAGUUCUUCUGUGGUGAAGCCUAAGCCUAUGACUAUGAGACCAGAAUCACCGUCUCAUGGGGGCUUUGAUUUGUAUGGGAAGCGUAGGCUAGUGCUCAAGGUUCAUGCCAUGGAAAGAGAGAUUGGUUUGCUUGAGGAGGAAUUAAAAUCACUUGAAGGCAUGCAACCUGCUUCCAUUUGUUGCCAAGAGCUAGACACCUAUAUAGUGGCUAAACCAGAUCCUUUUAUUGCAAAGAAUCAGGAUAUCCAAAAGUCCCAUCAUUUCUGGAAGAGAAUCUGGUACCUUCGAUAGUCUUCUCUUUGUUUCUACUUCAUGAAAUAUCUACUCCUUUCUUGAAUUAGUUGUGGUUUAUAUUUGCAUUUAUAGGCAAAGGACUUUAUUUAAUUGGAAAUUUUUCUUGAACAAGAUCAAUUUAUUCAACCUAUGUUUAAAAAGAGAAAUAUGUUCGACUAGUAGGCUGACAAAUAAGUUGAUCCAUUUUUUAUGUUUUGGGACUAAGACUUGUUGUUAUAUUGGGAAUUGCAAAACUAUCUUUUGUAAUUGUUAAUGCUUGCCUUGUUAUACAGUUUAUUCAUGACCACAAAUGUAGAGAGGUAUAUGAUGAAAGUCUCAAACUCAAUAUUCAAUUCAUUGGGAUAAUGAAUGUUGAAAUGAACUAUAUGCACAUCUUAAAAUAUAUACUAUUGUUGACCAGGGCCAAAUGUUGUCUCAAUCUUCCAUGGAUUUGCUGCUUUAGCGGCUGCCAGAUUCGUCUAAAAUUGCCAAACUUAUGUAUCGGCUGUCGGCCAUGCAAGUUCCAAUGGCCUGGAUGCUGCUGCUUUAAGAAGAUUAGUUGUCAAACGUGUUGCAAUUGCCUGAAAAAUUCAUGCAUACCUUGUUCCUGCUGCUGCUUU